UCCAUGUCCACAAGCGAAAUAUUUAUCCUGAAUAAAAUAAAAUGAAAGAAUGGAGAGAAAUAGAAAUACAAUGGCAUUGUUGAGUUUCCCAACCGUUUCAUGGUUUCCCGUUGUACACUCGUAUCCUUCAAUACCACAGUUAAAUUCACGAAAUCUUGCGGUUUUCAAAUUUGGAGCUGGGAAGAGCGGCUCUUCCACGGAAUUCGAAACCCAGUUUCCGCGUGAUUAUGAUGAACUACUUAAGCAAGCUAAAGAAGCCACUGAAUUUGCAUUAAAGAACAAGAAACAGCUGAUGGAAAUAGAAUUUCCUACCUCGGGUCUGGACUCUGUGCCAGGCGAUGGUGAAGGCGGCAUAGAAAUGACGGGGAGCUUGCAACUGAUCCGUGAAUACUGUGACCUUCUUGUUAGUCCUGAGAAAACCACCCGGACUAGAGUUUUCUUGCCCGAGGCCAAUGAAGUCGAGUUUGCAAGAAAAUCAGUUUUUGGAGGUUCUUCUCUCAAAUUAGACUACUUAACAAAACCAUCAUUCUUUGAAGAUUUUGGUUUCGUGUCCAAGGUUAAAAUGGCAGACCGAGUAAAGCCAGAAGACGAACUCUUCCUAGUUGGCUAUCCAUAUUUCAAUGUUAAUGAGAUGCUGGUGGUGGAAGAACUGUACAAAGAGGCUGUAGUUGAGACGUCUCGAAAUCUGAUUAUUUUCAAUGGGGAGCUGGAUAGAAUAAGAUCAGGCUAUUAUCCAGCAUUCUUCUAUCCAAAACUAGCUGCCCUCACCCUCUCAUUUUUCCCCAAGAUGGAGACCGUCUAUUAUAUUCACAACUUUAAAGGACGCAACGGGGGUGUGCUCUUCAGGUGCUAUCCUGGACCAUGGAGGGUUCUAAGGAAAAUGAGAAACGAAUACAUAUGUGUGCAUCAACAGGAAAUGAUGCCAUCACUCAAGGAAGUUGCCUUGGAAAUUCUUCCUUCCGCAUGAUCUCUGACUUCAUAUUUCAUCAUUCUUUUCCCACCCUUUCUUGUUGAUAAUCACAACAUUUUAUUUAUUUAGAUUAAUGCUCUCUUCUUGUGUUUUUUGUA